ACAGAGUAAUUAAUGAGAAAAGUACAUUUUUCAGUUUGUCAUAGAAUACAAAAAUAUGGAUAUUACAUAUAAUUCCACCGAUGCUGCAGAUUAUUCGAGUAACCACAGUAUAGUUGAUUCUACUCUAUUCAAAACAAUGUCAAACGUGUUUGUUACUAUUUCAAGCCUUAUGAUGCUCGCAAAUUUGUGGGUGGUCGUGGCAUUUUUCUUGUAUGCAAAAUCAUCUAACAUUAUGAAGAAGAAAUCUAAAACUGAUCUGGACGGUGGGCUUAUUUUCAAAGCCGCUCUUGCUGCCGUUACAUUGCCAUUGCUGAGGUUUGCUGCAACGACAAUGAUUUUUUUCAUUGGGUUCGACCCCGAAAAUCAUAAAGCCUGUGCCGCCGGAAUUUACAUUAGCAAUAUAUUUUUUGUUGUUCCUAUUUUAGCGUUGUACGUUUUUCUAUAUAUACGCCAAAGAUCGUUUUACAACCAUCCAUCUCUUGGAAAUCUCUUCGAUCGAUCUGUUGCCACUUUCAGCAAAAUAAGCUUGGCAUUUAUUGUCAUACCAACAGUCGUAUCACUGGUGAUUGAAAUGUCAAUUAACCAGUACAAAUCUGGACCUCAUGGCUGUUCAUUUAGAAGUGAUCAGUCUGAUAUAAACUUUCGAUUUUUCAUUUAUGGCGGAGUGCUAGCGUUUGGCCAAGCAAUUUCGCUCGGCCUCUUCAUUUAUCCGCUCUAUCUCCAUUCGAAAUCACAAAACAAGACCGAUGAAAGGACGAAUAAAGUGGACAUCAGCAGUCAUGAUCAUGCAGAGUCUUCUUCUGCUGACCUAGACAGCAAUGCUGCUCAUAAAGUAAAAGAAAUGUAUAAUUCGAUGGGUGAACUUACAGGAACAGCUGCUUCUAGUACUUGUUCAGAUGGUGAUUUUAAGUGGAAACAUCUAGAAACUGACAACAUGGAAAACUUUGCAUUGCCUCCUUUGGAUGACAAACGCAUAAGUACGGACGAGAAACAAGUAGUUACUUCUGACGCUUUGGAGGUAGACAAGCAUUCAAGAAUACAAGUGAACAGGAGACGAGAAUCCACUGUUUACCGUCUUAUACGCCGCACGUUGUACUUGGCCAGUAUUUCAAUAUUGUCUGACAUGACAGUCAUGAUAGUUUCAGGUUUGCUCGUGCCCAAGAAUACUCCCUAUUAUGUUAUCGGUAUCUUACAUGACCUUGAUACCACAGUCAACAUCAUCACAAUCGUGGGUUCUUUCAGAGCUUGGAGGAAAAUAUUGUUUGGGAGUUUCGCAAAAUAUAGAUGAAGAUACCAAUGUUGUUUUGUCAACGUAUUUCUGAUGUGCAGUGAAUUAGAUAAUUUAAAAUUUUUGAGUGAAGUGCUUUGUUUUGUCUAUGUUAUGUUUUUGAUGUCUUAAAGUAAUGUUCGUGUUCACAAAUCAUGUUUUAUGAAAAAUAUAACACAGAAACAUUUAUUUGCUUUGUAUUUUGCUUUUAUUAUUUUGUAAUAAAUGUAUAUAUAUAUUUAUAUUUA